GAGGGAGGGGGCGAAACGCGAAGAGAUUUCGGGGAGCGGUCGAGCAACUGUAAAUUGCAGCGGCGACAACUCACAAAAAUCUCGUUUGCCUAAUAGCCGAGUUCAAGUUGAACGGCUCAAUUUCUCAAUCUAUCAGUCGCCGUCGAAUCAGCGUCAUCAUCGAUUUUUUAAUUAAGACUCACAUAAAUUGAAAAAUACCCGAAUUGACAGACAUUUCAACAACAGUAACAAUGCAGCCGGGCCAAAAAUAGCUGGCUAACUCUGUGGGGAACCCUCAUAAAGUACUGCAACUUAUGGUCCACAGAAAACUGGUUUUUAAUCCCAAAAGAACGAAUUUCUUUUAAACAAAAGAAAAGCUAAGCAAUCUGUGUAAUUAAUCAAAUGAUCUCGGCUUUCGUUUAAAUAUUUCAGAUAUUCCCGUUCGCCGUUUAUUUAGAAUCUAACUUGGAUCUAUGUUGCGUACUUUGGUAGCCGGAAAAAACGCCCAUUAAACGACAAACCAAAUCCCACAUAAAGGCAAAAUAAAUCUCUCAUUCCUCACUUAAAUUCACAUAAAUGUUUUUCGGCUACCGAAACACUUAAAGUCGCUCAUCCCAAAGUGAGAACAUUUAAAAGGCCGAAUCGCCCGAAAGAAAAUAUAUAGUAUAAAAUGAGGCAAAGUUCAUGAACUCAAGAAGGCGAAGAAUUUCUCACACAGCCAUGGCAACGGCGUCAAUUACAUGGCAAUGGAUGGAGAUGAAAACGGGCAGAUGGAGCUGAAGCUGGAGUUGGAGCUGCUGGUGGAGUUGAAGCUGGAGGUGGAGGUGGACGUGGAGUUGGAGAUCCGAGAUGGCCACGGCUACUUAGGAGAACCAGGCAGAACCAUGGAGCAGCAGCUUAACUUUUAACCGCACAGAAGUCGACAUCGAUGCGCCAUGGCCACUUGAGUUGGUUACGGCCAAGCCAAGUAAUUAAAACGAGUCGAGAAAAAUCAGCCCAAAAAGAAAAUGGGAAUGGGAAUGGCAAUAGCAAUGGGCUGGGAAUCGCUGAGGGAAAAUGGGAACGGGAAUGGGAAUGGGAAAUGCUGCGCCACGUAACUGAAACUUCAGAGUCAAAGCGGCGCUCGGACAUUGCUCAUUUCGUCGUUUCGUAAUUAAUUAGUCUUAAAAGUUAAAUAGCCCAAAUGAUUUUGGACAGGCUACAAAGGCGGUGG